AACAGAUAAUGGGUAAACUUGGAGUCACAUUGAGGUCCCACGGCGUGAAUAUCGGAAUAAUAAAAAAGCAUUCCCCAUUUUCAUUUUCUUCAGUAACAAAAAAAUGGAGGGGCAACAAUGGUGGAGGCUCAGAUUCUCCUUCAGGAACGCAACCAUGGUGGUUUGUUUUAUCAACAUAAUCACUGCAAUCUUCUUGCUUCAUGGCUUUCUUACUUCUGCAUACACCCGCAACAAACUCUCCACUGUUACCUCUAACUCAGCUCAACUCAAUUACAUUAAGGAAUCUGAAGAGAUUCGUCUUGCCAUGCUACCAUUGGAACUGAUAAAAAGAGUGAGGGAGAUUGAGCAGCAGGUAUACACUGAACCAGAAACAGCCAAGAAGAAAGACACAAAGCAGACUGCUGCAGUGGAUCUUUCUAAAAGGUUAAAGGAUUUCCGGUCCUUGAAUGAUGCUGCCAGCGUGAAAG